GGCUUCCACACAUUUCGUGCAAUGAAUAGGACAGCUCAGACCGUAUCGGCUCUCGUGGACCGACAAGCCAUCGUUCAUGCAUACCGCCAUCUUUACCGCCAGGGUUUGAAGGCUAUCAAUUACUCUACCCCAUCACGUUAUCUGCUGCUUCAAACACUUCGCUCGUCUUUCCGCUCUUCCCCUGCUCAAGAUUUCAACCAGUUUCGAAUUACCAACACCUUGCAGUUUCUCCGAAAGGCAGCUGAUGUCUCAGGGAUAGAGCACAAAAUUGUGAGGAAUCUGCUGCAGAUCAAGUAUUGGGAACAGCCCAAUGUAAGGAAUGACCUGCGCGUUUUAAAAGGGUUAGGCAUCGAUCGAAGAGAACUUCGUCUACGAAAAGAUGCUCAUGAACAGCUCAACCAAACGGUGAUGCUCCUAAAUGAGAGCCUGGGAACUUGUUUGAGAUAAGGAAUGGAAUGCGUGGGCCAUCACAUGCCAAGUGCGCGCAGGAAAUGCGACCUGCAUCUGCCCCAGGUCUGCUGCUGCUUUUUCAGGGUGUAAUCUGUGGGGUGUUUAUUCGGGAAUUAAUACCAGAUUGGUCUGGCGAUUAGGCAUACGUGCGCACUUCUCGUACUCCUUGGGUAGUAUCCCAACCCCGAGUCGGUUGUCAGUCAUCCUGAUAAGC